AGUCGAAUUCAGAGCGUGAGCUGGGCGAGCCGCUUUUCCGCGAGAUAAAAGAAGUUUUCCGCUAAAAUUCGUACUCAACUUAGAUAUAUUUCCGAUUAGUAUUACAAUGAUCUAAUUUCGUUUAAAAGGGUCCAUGUCAACAUGAGUGAAAUAUAAACUACCAACAAAACAUCCAAUUUUAAAUUACUCACUAUUCCGAAAUUUAAGUGUACUUUUUUAAAUUGUGAUUUACUAACAUCGACAAUGAAGGUACCAUAUGUAGCUCACAUUCUCGCAAUGGUCGUGAUGGUCACUCCAGGACUUCAUCACCGAAGGAACGAGACAAACCAAUUAAACGAAAUGCCGUGUUCCCUUAUGGAUUACGCAAUGAGAUCGCAGUGCUUACAAGUCGAACAAGAAUUGAUAUGUAAAGGCGGAAUAACAAGAGAGUGGCUAAAUGGGAUCAGACUUGAUAUAUUUCAUCUUCGGAUGAUGGAGUGGCCAGGAUUAUGUAUCAAUGCAGGCAAAAUACAGCAUUUCUUUCCAGAAUUGAGAACGCUAGAACUGAUAAAUAGUUCAACACUGAGGUUCUUCAAAGGACACUUUGGCGCCACCAGCAAAAUCGAGAAGGUGGUUAUCCACGGGUGUCCAUCUUUAUGGGAGGUUCCAUCAGUAUUGAUAGAUCGUAUGCCAGAGCUCCGCAUCUUAGACCUCCGAGGAAAUGGAAUACGGCAUAUGAAAGACAGCCUACUAAGCAAACCUCCAAAACUACAACAAGUACAUUUAAGCGGCAACCAAUGGGACUGUAGUGACGGUGGCCUUGAUUGGCUAGCGAUGAAAGAAGAUAACUCUACUGUCAAGAAACGAAUAACUGACUACAAGAUAUUAACUUGCCACCAAAAGUUGUAUAGAGGGAAGCCACUACAUGUUAUCAUGGAUAUUAUUAGAACGAUGCACUUGACUUGCCCGAGGCCCUGCGAAUGUGAAAUGACACACGUGGUAUCAGACACGGCGGGCCUCAUAAUACCUCUCAUCACAGUAAACUGUUCAGGAAGAAAAUUAGAUUCACCGCCUCUGGCUUUACCACCAAGCGUCACUACCCUGCGUCUGGAGGACAACAAGAUAAGCUCAAUAAGGUCAAUAGUACAAAAUCCACAAUACAAGAAACUAGCUGAUCUUUAUCUGGAUAAUAAUAGCAUACCCACCGUAAAGGAGCUGGAAGGAUCUGAGUGGUUCACCACUUUUCGAGUUUUGAGUCUCAAAGGAAAUAUGUUGAAACAGAUCCCUGUAUACGCAUUCGAUAAAGCAUUUCAAGUCAACAAUAAUAUAAUGCACGUCUACCUAGGACAUAAUCCCUGGAGGUGUGACUGUCACUUCAUACCGCGAUUUCAAGGACUACUUCUGAAAUACAAAAGGGUGAUAGGCGACCUUCCCGAUAUUAGAUGUUCGAAGUCAAAUGACAAGAAAACAUCACUUGUACAGAUAAGUACGAUGCCACUUGGGAAUGUGUGCAGUAGUGAAAUGGAGAUGCCUAUUAGUACGAUCAACAUUGUAAACCUAGUGCUACUUGGUUUAAUUUUACUAGUUCUCGGUCGGUUUUUGUACGACUGGAGGAAUUUCAAAACAACGGGGAAAUUGCCAUGGCUCUCAUCAAUUUUACCAUAAGUAAUACGAUUGUGAUACUUAAUAAAUGUUCGCUGUAGG